GGCGGGGCCGGUGGUUGUGGUGGGAGUGAAGUUUGACGCGGAGAGUCGGGAGUUGCUGACGUGGGCGCUGGUCAAAGUGGCUCAGCCCGGUGACCGUAUCGUUGCUCUUCAUGUUCUUGAUAGAGUUACUGAGAGUACCGGUUCGCUUAUCUCGUUAGUGAAGACUUUUGAUUCUAUGCUCGCUGUUUAUGAAGGUUUCUGCAACUUAAAGCAGGUUGAUUUGAAGCUGAAAGUGUGUAGAGGGACAUCAGUGAAGAAAAUUCUGGUAAGAGAAGCGAAAUCAUAUGGUGCGGCUAAGCUAAUUGUGGGGACUUCUAAGACUCACCAUCCAAUUCGCUCAUCAGCCUCUGUUGCUAAGUACUGUGCAAGAAAAUUGUCUAAAAGUUUCUGGGUUUUUGCUGUUGAUAAUGGCAAAAUUUUGUUUCAGAGAGAAGGAAAUUAUGCUGAAAUGGAUAGUUUGCAAGAUGCUUAUCAGCAGAAAGAUCGAUCAGUUCAUAGAUCGUUAAGUGGGAACGGGAAAGUUUUAACUGGUGGAAAUUUUACUGGAGAUGAAGAGAAAUCGUGUAAACAAUGUCGAGGCUUCUUUUAUAAAUCAGGUUCAAGUUUUAAGAAGAGAGCCCUGAAGAAGAACUGUACUUCUUGUGAUUCGAAGACACGAUUGGCUGAGGAGUCAUCUGGGGAUGGCAAUGAGGAUAAUUCAUUGGCAUUGGUACCUUAUCAAAGCAAUGAGGUGGCUAUAAGUUCGAAUUCCCUGGUAGUUCACGAAUUGCCCCGGGCGAAACAUGGUUGGUCACUUCUUCGUCGGGUGUUUUCCCCCAAACAGCAGCACUUGGAGAAAUCUUCCGAGAACAAGACAUCUUUGAUUCAGUGGGUACUGAGACUUCCAAGCCGGUAUACUUCUGCUGUUGUCUAUCCUGAUCAUAAACAGAGUCAAUCUGUUAGCACGGAUGAGGAUCUUCAUUCCAUGUUGGAUGGGGAGAGUGGGGCAAUUGUGGCUUUUGAUAAUGAGGCUAUGCAUCCUCUUUCACCGUAUCAUGGAUUUCCCAAAGAGUUGGAGAAUUUACAUGAGAGAUUCUCGUCCACCUGUAGAUUGUUCAGCUACAAGGAACUUUCUUUGGUUACAUCUGAUUUCCAUCCCGAUAAUAUGGUCGGUAAAGGUGGGCAUAGUCAUGUUUAUAGAGGGUCUCUUCCGGACCGCAAGGAACUUGCUGUGAAAAUUUUGAAGCCAUCAGAGGAUGUGUUGAAAGAGUUUGUUUCGGAGAUUGAGAUCAUUACAUUUUUACACCACAAGAAUAUAAUCUCCUUAUUUGGAUUCUGUUUUGAGGACAAUAAAUUGCUCUUGGUUUAUGACUUCCUGUCAAGAGGAAGCCUAGAAGAGAGCCUUCAUGGUAAUAAGAAGGAUGCGAUAGCAUUUGGUUGGAAUGAAAGGUAUAAAGUGGCUGUGGGUGUAGCUGAGGCACUGGAUUAUCUACACAAUAGUUGUGAUCAACCAGUCAUCCACAAGGAUGUGAAAUCUUCUAACAUUCUUCUAUCAGAUGAUUUUGAACCACAGUUGUCUGAUUUUGGAUUAGCCAGCUGGGCUUCAACUUCCUCAUCUCAUUUAAGUUGUACAGAUGUUGCGGGAACCUUUGGUUACUUGGCCCCUGAAUAUUUCAUGCAUGGAAAAGUGAGUGACAAAAUUGAUGUCUAUGCGUUUGGUGUUGUGCUUCUGGAGCUUCUUUCUGGUAGAAAGCCGAUUAAUAGAGAAAACCCAAGGGGGGAGGAGAGCCUUGUUAUGUGGGCUAAACCAAUUCUGAAGGAUGGCAAGUUUUCACAAUUGCUGGAUCCAAGUUUAGACCAUGAUUUUGAUAAUGAUCAGAUUGAGAGAAUGGUUUUGGCUGCAACACUAUGCAUCAUAAGAGCUCCCACUCUUAGGCCUCAAAUUAACCUUGUUUUAAAACUUCUUCAAGGUGAUGAGGAAGCAACAACGUGGGCAAGGCAACAAGGUGGUGCACCAGAAGAGCUUGAUCUCAUUGAUGGUGAAGCAUUUCCUAAUAAUAUCCAAUCCCAUCUGAACCUUGCACUUCUAGAUGUGGAUGACGAUACACUUUCUAUCAGUAGCACUGAGCAAACUGUAUCAAUAGAAGAUUACUUGCAAGGGAGAUGGAGUCGAACAUCAAGCUUCGACUAGCCAUGUUUUCAGUUGAAAGCUACUGUGCAACUCUUUUUCCACUGGUUGUGUACAUUCCUUUCAGUUGGUUAGUCUCUCCAUAUUUUUGCUUUAAUGACAGAAACUGGGUCCUGGAAGAGAGGUCUUUCGGAAGAGUUUUGCCCCCUCCCUGACUUUGAAGCUGUGUUGCAGUCAAUGUAUCCGCAGGCUGGUUUUGAUCUCCAUCAGUGCAUAAUCAGUCAGGAUGGAUAAUAACACAAGGUUUUCCACAAAUUGCGCCUGAAAGCGGCGGCGAAUAUUGGUGCAUAAGUAAUUAGUUUCUUGAUGAAAUUGUAAAAUGUUCUGAUCUUCAGUUUUGACAAAAAGUGAUGUAUAGAACAGAACCAGAAUUGGUUUGAUCACAACGAGCUUCUCUUUUGGAGCUCCAUUCUGCUCUCUUUAAUGAAAUUUACUCGUUUAACA